UUAUAUCGUUCAAUUUGGCUUAAUGUUUACAUUAAGUUCUUCCUAAAAGAAACACUAAUAAGCCCGAAAAUUAACCAAAACUUGAUAAAAACCCACUGCUGCGUGUAACUUGUGCCCUCAUUCACCCAAAUAAACUAUGAACAAAUUAAAGCUGAAUCAAAAGGUGAAGGUAAACAAAUUUAUCUCUCUAACACAAACCGGAGAGCAGACGGCCAUCCGAUGUCUUCAGGACAACGAAUGGAAGCUCGAUCUGUCUUGCGAUACCUACUUCCAAAAUCCGGAUCUGUACUAUCGUGAACUAGACAAAAAGAAAAUCGAACAGCUUUUUAAUGUGUAUCGAGAUCCGUCGGACCCGAAUAAAAUUAAUUCCGACGGAGUGGAGCGAUUUCUGGAGGAUCUACACCUAAAUCCGGAAUCGAAGCUGGUGCUUAUUAUUGCCUGGCGCUUCAAAGCGGAGGCACAGUGCGAGUUCACACGGAAUGAGUUCAUCAACGGGUUCUACGAUCUGGGUGUGGACAGUAUAGAGAAGCUAAAGGAGAAGCUACCGAGGCUCGAGCAGGAACUGAAGGAUCCAGGACGGUUCAAAGAUUUCUACCAAUUCACCUUCAACUAUGCAAAGGACCCGGGACAGAAGGGCCUCGAUCUGGAAAUGGCUAUCGCGUACUGGAAUAUUGUACUUAACGAUCGGUUUAAAUUUCUCGAUCUUUGGUGCAAGUUUUUGGUGGAAAAUCACAAGCGAUCAAUACCGAAAGAUACGUGGAACUUGCUCCUUGACUUUGCCACGUACAUUGAUGACAGUAUGUCCAACUAUGACGCCGAAGGAGCAUGGCCGGUGCUUAUCGAUGACUUUGUCGAGUGGUGCCUGAAGCAGAACAAGGUAACUCAUCCGUCGGUCAUAACAUCCACCACGGGCAGCCACGGUGGUGGGGGCGUAGUGUGCAGCCCGCAUUCGAUGCAGCACGUCCCAUCCACCUCGACGAUGAUGAGUACCGUUCCCGUGCCUGGGACGGCCACGGCAACAUCUACGACAACGACAAGCAACCCGUACGGCGGCAGCCGGUCGAGCCCGUACGGUACAGCGGCCGGUAGCACGGCCAAUAUGUUUUACUAAAACCACGGCAGAACCCGUUAGUCGGUUAGUUGACCACAGUGAGGACAGUUAGUCGAUCAGCCAACCAGCCCGUCACAGUCUCUCUUACUUUCCUUCCCUCUCUCCCGCUUCUGUCGGUGUUGCGUAUUCACAGCGCAUCGAAAAGCGUUGUCCUCCGUAAAUGAUCUUAACCAUUUUAUUUUAUUUUUUCACACAGCGGUAGGAAAUAUCGUAGUUGUGUAGUGUAGCUGAAAAUGUGGCAGCGCGAUUGGGAGUUCUCUUUCAUGUCGUACGGGUGGCUGGUUCCUACCCGUACAACUACCUGGAACAUAAACUGUGCAAACCCGCUGAAAUCUUUUUUCACGUGCUCCUGUACACGUUUUGCAUGUGCAUUCAUUCCCCCUUGUGCUCCUCAAGGUCUGUUAAUAUCUGAUGGUCAACUAAACCUGUCAGAUCAUAAAUGAGAUAUUAUCCUAAAUCUGCAAUGCAGUAUGGUGGCAGCGACGUUCUGGUGCGAAUUAGUGUUUGAUUUGUUUCUCUUCAUCAUUCUGAAGUUUCUAUGCAAAAAAACUGAAGUACUAAUUUGUUGUAUAAUAUUUAAUAUUUGUAGGUUGCUAGAGUCAUGAAAAUGCGGCAAAUGUCACAUUGUACGCCACACGAGGGCAUAGCGAACCAUUUUUGAAAGUAGAGCAUGAAAAGAAGAAAAAAAAAACAGAUGAAACUUUUAGGAUAUUUUCGAAAUUCACCUAGCAGAGCAAAACACUGCAUAGUUAUUGAUUUGAAGAAAAUUUAAUGAAUCACACCAAUAAUUAAGUUACGAAUGUA